AUGGCAACCUCAGCACCUCAACAUGCGUCAAACCAGCAACCACACGUGCCCUUCUCGUCUCGACCAGUGAAAGCUGCUGCCAUACCGCGCUCUGAUGCAUUGCGCGAGCGCCGUAGGGACAUGUUCUUGCGCAAAGUCCGCCAGGCCCGCGAUGAGAACAAAUGGGACUCGAGGAUAGAUGAUAUGGCCAGACUCGACUACCUAAAGGAGAAGCGACGCUGGGAAGCCGAACAAGUACGAUCCGCACCAUCACUGCACCCAGACUUUGCCGAAGCAGAAGAAACCUCAGACUACGACCUACCCACAUACAGCAGCCAAAUGGCAUGGGACCCUCAAUCUCAGUCCCAAUAUCCUCUGGAUUCAGAAGCCGACUUGGUCCUACAGCAAGAAGAUGAAGAGCUGGAAGCUUUGAUCGCAUUGAUGCAAGAAGAUGAGAAUCGCCGGGCUCAGCAGUCGAAUAGUCAAGAAGCACAUGAUGACCGUUCCUCGGCUUUCGGCAGCGACGAUGAUGAGUACGACGACAUCUUCAUGAACAUGAUAGACGAGACUGGUGGCGCGAGUUCUGGACACGAGCAAGAGCAUCAACAUGCAGCAGAUGACUCCAUGGAUCUGAGCUAG